AGGGCGCGUAGUGUCACCGUGGGAACCGACAGGCUGCAGGGCGGACUCACCGAACAAGAAAGGGAGUGAGAAUAGUCGGAGAAGAGUGCGCUCGGUCUCACGCGCACCAACUCAUUCACAAGCGUUUGCUGGAGGAGUAUCGGCUACACCGUCGCUGGCGCACACAAUAUUUGGAGGAGAAUUUCACUCGUAUCUUUUUCUCUUUCCUCUUUAUGGGUCAUUAAUAAGAGUAGAACUUAAUUGGACCGCCUCUCCAUUGGCCGAUGGUAAUCUGUGGUCCGGUCAGCAUACCCAGCAGACACCGACGGACGGUCGCGGGCUACCGACCGGGUGAUGGCGAGUCAGGGUAGCCGGUGCAAGAUCGUGGUAGUCGGGGACACACAGUGUGGAAAGACUGCUUUGUUACAUGUGUUUGCAAAGGAUUGUUAUCCCGAGAAUUAUGUCCCCACUGUGUUUGAGAACUACACCGCGAGUUUUGAGAUUGACAAACAGAGAAUCGAACUGAACAUGUGGGAUACAUCAGUGUCCACCUAUGUGCAGUGGCAGGCAGAGACGCAAGAGUUCUGUCCCAGUGCGAAGCUGGUGCUGGUGGGCUGUAAGCUGGACAUGAGGACGGAUGUGAGCACGCUUAGAGAGCUCUCCAAACAGCGCCUCAUCCCCGUCACACACGAACAAGGCAGUACGCUGGCGCGUCAGCUGGGAGCGGUGGCGUACGUGGAGUGUUCGUCGCGCGUGUGUGAGAACAGCGUGCGGGACGUCUUCCACAUCACCACGCUGGCCACGGUGCGGCGGGCGCACGCCCACCCGGGCUCCUCGGGCUCGUCCUCGGGCGCCCUCAAGCGCAGCACCUCACGCCGCGCCCUCAAACGCAUCUCCCAGCUGCCCCUGCCUCUGUCUGGCUCUGCCUCCCAGACGCACGAGCCAGCCCCCACGCUACGCAAGGACCGCGCCAAGAGCUGUGUGCUGAUGUAGUGCACACACACACACACACACACACACAGAUACACACACACAUAGACAUACGUAAGCAAAGAACUGAUACCUGAGAAGAACUGAUCCCUACUGUAUGUAUAUACAUAGGACAGGUACACAAGCACAUGCUAAAAUAUGUAUACACUUGCAAGUAUGGUUCUCACCAUGAACCCACACAUUAACACAUAUACACACACAUACACACUCCAAGCCACCCUUACAGAUGUGCAGUUUGCAUCUGCAGAAGUAUUACGUGACAUCCCACAGAGCUUUAUUUAUUGCUUUUGAUGUAUGGUUUAUGUUAUUCUGCUUGUGUAAAUGACCUGCAGUCUCGCUGGACACACCCUUGGACUUGGGGGUUUACAUUCUCUUGGCAUUUUGUUUUCUAGUUUUGUCUCUCCUUUCCUCCUUUUUUUAUUUUCCAAUUGGCUUAGAGAGAGUAUCUCUCACCUUCUCAAAUUAGACCUCAGGACAGGACAGGGGCUGGGACUGCUGGAUGUCAGCUCUGCUCUCUGAUUGGUUGCCGCAUAGUUUCCCUCUCCCCGGUUUCCACUGACAGUAGUGGUUGUCAAAUGUGAGAGAAGGAGAUUCAAAGGAAAAGGGAGGAAGAGACUCUCUGAGGUUUUGCUAUAUAUAGCCAAAUGGUUCUGUUGCUGCCUCCAAAAUUGAACUCAUCUAAAAGGGAUGUCAAAAAAAAGAAAAGAAAUAUGAUCAAAAAGUGACGAGGAGAAGGAGAAAUAGGAAAUGUGAAAUUGUGGCGGAUUUAUGAUGUUUCUUUUCUGCAGGUCCUAGAAACCACAAGUGCUUUUCAAGAUAAGAUCACUGUACAUAUCAGUUUAACUAUGAAUGCCAUGUAAUGAAUUGUGCUCAGCCUUUGUUCCGUGGAGCUCCGCAGAUGACUAAGAGGAAGGGAACCCAGAGUGUCGUGUUGGACGCCACAAUAGACACCCUCGCGUGGGAAUCGACGCGAUUCCACCACUCAACUCUGGCCCCUUUGCUUAAAGGAAUAUUUUCAUUUUGUUGUGUACAGAUAUCUAUGGGGGAAGGGAGGAGAUGGUUGAAGAAAUAUGUAAAAUAUGAUGAUGUUUUAAAUAUGUUUAUUGUGUUGGAAUUUGAAGCACAGUAAAAACAGAGACAAGCUACGC